UAUACAUAUGUAUAAGCUGGGCUGUUACGCAUUUCAAACUCCCCUUUGUCCACCACCUCUGUGCCAACAGCUGAUAACGAUGUGGCCUCCAGUGCGCAUGCCCUGCCACUUAGUCGUGCUCCACGUAAACGAUUAAAUCUGGUUUUUUUCUGCCCUUAGCACUCAAAACUCAUUCCCCGUGAAGCGGAGCAAUUGCCUGGAAUUUUAGACGCUGGAUAGGAAUAUAACAGAGCUAUCUUAUCGACAGAAACCCUCUAAGAGUGCCGCCCAUCGAGUUGAUGCCGAGGAGCAGCAGUGGAGCUAGAGGGCAGCAGUUAAGAGCCGGACUUUCUGGCCAGGAUGAGGCUGCUCAAGGAACUGAUGCGAGUGGCCACCCAACACAGAGCCUUCUACUGCUACGUGCUGCUCAGCGUCUGGAUAUUCCUUCUUAUAGCGGGAAUGUAUCGCUACAUGGGCAAUGUUGAGUCGACUCCAGGCGGUGGCUCAGUUUUUGGACCCAGUUCGUCCGGCACCGUCAGUUCCUUGGGCGGCGAUAGCUCAGCAUCUUCCACUGCCCAGCGGUUCGCCAAGUACAGAGAACGCUGUGCUCCGUUGGCUCAGCUGCAGCGUUUGGAUGAUGGCGGCAUCUUGGAGGGUUGGAAGCUUCAGGGAGUGCUCCUGGUCAUCAGGCACGGGGAUCGAGGACCCAUAUCGCAUGUCCGCAGUGCUGGCAUCAACUGCGGCGUGAGUGGUGGCUCAGAUAGCCUGGUCAACAGAUAUCGCAGCUUUUUAUACAACUCCAGUAGCUCCGCUUCGGGAUCGAAUCACAUGUACUGGAACAAGGUGGGGCCGUUCCAUGGGUUUCCCCUGCUGCCGGCAACAGAACGUGGUUGUCCACUGGGUCAGCUCACCUACAAGGGAAUUUCACAGCUGCUACACGUAGGCGACAUCAUGCACCAGGUAUAUGCUCAUCCACUGGGUCUCCUGCUCAAACCGAAUCCGAACCGUGCUUCAGUGGAAACGACGCCGCACACGCUUCUGAAUUCGGAUGAGGUGGUGGUCUUUACCACUCGCUAUCGUCGCACCUUCCAGUCCGCCUUGGCCAUGUUGUUCACCCUGCUUCCGGCGGACAAGUGGCUGGCCCUGAAUGUUCGGGAAUCGCACAGCAUGGCUUUCUGCUUCGGGGAGUGCAGCUGUCCUCAAUCUGCCCUGCUGCGGAAACGUUUGGAGGCCAUGGGAGAUAAGCAGCUCUUGAAACGUCGCGAUGUCCUGGAUGUGAUGCAGUGGAUCGGAGGCACCAUACUGCAGCACACUCCGAAUGGCAUUAGUAAUCCCUUCGAGGUGGUGGAUGCCCUUUUGACGGUUCUAUGCCACGAUGCCGCUUUGCCAUGUCGCAGGAAAAAGCAGGUUUCCACUCCAAAGUCCCUCAGAAAGAGCUCCAAUCAGGAGCUGGUGGAUGUGAUUAAUAUAGAUCAGGAUGAAACAGCUGCCAACUUGUUGCAGGAGGCACAAACGCAGACGGAACCCGACUCCCCCGAGGUGGAAAAUGGGAAUCCCUCCGUGCAGGCGGAUGAAUCUCAAGAGGGCUGCGUCGAAUCCAGCCACGUGGACACCCUGAUGUCCUUUGCGGACGAGCUGUCGCAACGCUCCGCUGGUCACUCGUACUACAAGCUAUCCGGAUUGCUGCGAUCAUAUGGAAUGAUCCGGCACAUAGUGAGCUAUAUGCUAAAGAUGAUCUCUGGCGACAGAACGAAGUUUGUCCUGUACUCUGGACACGACUGCACCAUGCAGUAUCUGACAGCUGCCCUCGGAAUCAUCACCAGCCAGGGCCAAACCAUCGCCUAUGCCUCCAGACUAGCAUUUGAAGUUUACCGGAGCGAAGCACACACGGAUUACUACUUCCGGGUAGUUUACAAUGGAAAGGAUGUCACCCAACAGAUCGACUUUUGCGAGGGAGGCAAAAGCCUGCGGGUCACCAGGGAUUCCAGAGGCAACAAGGCCGAUCUCUGUCCCAUUGAGAACAUCAUUCGCUUCCUGCACGAGGAUUACUUCAGUCCGCUGAACGCCACCAAUUUUAAAGAAGCUUGUGGUGCUGUAAAUCCCCCAAAAACUGGGGAGUUUUAGCAGCCCGGCAGGUGAAAAGAUCGGCAGGAGAACCCAUUUCCAACUGUGAUAAGUAGUUAAGAUGUCCAGGCUUAUCCCAAACUGGAAACGACCGCUUUUUAGCGAUGUUAUCUUAGUUCGAAUUUAGUUAAUACAUUCAACUUGUUGAGCCACAAAUCGAAAACGAUACAUAUCAAUGGAGCACUUGUUAGAUUAUAAGUACCUCUUUCUAAAACACUCGCGUUUUUGGGAAGUGAUUUAAAUGAAACUUAAAGUCGCAAACAUAUCAGCUUUUUGA